UUUGUUGAACGGAGCACUGAACAGCCCUCUAUAAGAACUACAUUUCCCAGAAGCGCCAUGAAGCCGUUUCCCGUUAUUCUCGAGACCGCCAGCAUUACACACUACAUCUAUAUCAAAGUUAAUAUUUCCACAGAGACCUGACAAUGACAGAGCGAGUCAACAAUUUCCCACCUCUGCCCAAGGUUUUGCGCAUUAAGCCGUGUUUCUACCAAAAUGUUGAUGAGGAAAUUCCCCAACCUCACCGCCAGAUUGUUCACAGAGUUUACAAGCUUUGGAUCUUGUACUCGAUUACACUCUGCGUCAACCUGGUGUCAUGCAUAGCCUGGGUGGCGGGUGGAGGCAGUACAAAUAACCUUUGGCUUGGUCUCCUGUGGCUUGUGCUGUUCAGUCCCUGUGGAUACAUCUGCUGGUUCCGGCCCCUUUACAAGGCAUUUAGGGCUGACAGUUCAUUUAACUUCAUGGCGUUCUUCUUCAUUUUCUUCCUUCAAUGUGUUCUUGCUUUCAUUCAGACCCUGGGAAUAAACAACUGGGGUGCAUGUGGCUGGAUAGCUACAGUGAUGUUUUUCAGCACUAAUUUGGGCUCUGCGGUGGUUAUGCUCUUCUCCGCUCUGCUCUUCACUGUAGACACUGUGCUUAUGGGACUGGUUCUGAUCAGGAUUCACAGGUUAUACCGUGGGGGUGGAGGCAGCCUUCAGCGUGCCCAGGAAGAAUGGAGCACCGGUGUGUGGAAGAGUGCUCCUGUGAGAGAAGCUGGCUUCAAUGCCAUUGCUGAGACCGGCCCCAGUCUCCCCCAGUACCCGGCUUCUGUGCCCAGCUACCCAGAAAGCAGGCCGUGGUGAUAAACCACUCUGGACUCCAGAUGGAGACAGAACGCUCCAUUCUCCCUGUGCUUUAAUCAUCUCAGUCAUUUCAUGCCUCAGUGUGAACAGCAUGACUGUGAAAUGCUGACACUACAGAAAAAGGACUACAAAUUCCACUGUCCAUUUGUUUACAAACUGCAUCACAAAAGUGGCUGUGUAAGAAACAUCUCAGUUACAUUCCGAUUGAUGUAAGUAAUAUUACUGUAUAAACACAAUCGAUUGGAUUGAUGCUGCUCACACUAAAGUAGUGGCAGCUUUUCCAGAGCCUUUCACUCUAAAUGUGAGAAGUGUAAUAUUUUAAAUCACAACACUGGUAUUUAUUUUGCCAAAUGAUGCCUUACAUAACAAAAUCCCCACACUGCACUACCAUGACUUAAUUUGUUUUCAAUGAUUUUAAAAGGUGUGUUCUAUUGAUUUGUCUGGCCUUUUAAUUCACUGAAGAUGUGCAUAGGCGUUGCAUGCUUUUCAGCUUGCCAAGAACAUUUCAUUUUUUCCAUCUAAGUGCAGCUUUUUUCCACUUCUCUCUGCUGCUCAGAGUUAUUGCCUCAGCUCCUCAAUUUCUCUAUUAUAUUUAGCAUGUGUAAAGAAUGAACUUUAUUCUAUUUAGCAUGAUUUAAAAAAUAUGCAUGUAUUUUUUUUUUCGGUUGCCAAAAGUUCUGCAGUUUUGCAAGUGUAUCCAGUUAGGAAGAAUUAUUAUUUCAUCAAUGCUGUGCCUACUGUCUGCUUUCAGAUAACCACUGCUUUUGAUUUCAGUGCCCUGCUGAUCGGAUAUCCAUUCCUUUAGCUGGUGUUACAGCUGUCUAAUAUUCUUAAUUGUGUAAUGUUCCUGUUAGGAGCAGUAUGUUUACAGAGUGGCCAUAUGAACCUAGGUUUGAGAGGUUAUGAGUGCAGAAGUUUAUCCUUACUUGAUUAACAUGAUUAAUAACAUUAUAGUUUGAUAAGAUUGUGAAUGUGUAAAAAUGUGUUACAAAAAUGACUAACUUGUGGCAAUUUAAUAAAAAACUUUCCUUUCGAA